UUUAAGAUGAGGAGAUGAGAGAAGCUGCAGUUCAUUCACUGUCAGAUCCUCUCCACGCGGCGAGACCUGCUGAAGUGUGAACCAAACCACUUUUACGUGAGGACGCAGUGUGGACGGGUCAUUAAAAUGGACUGUUUUGGAUAAAUGUGAACCCUUUGUCCCACGAUUUUGAGCCUAUAGGAGUACAUAUGGAUUUAUUUAUUUUUAUUUUAUUUAUUUAGGCUAUUUAUUUAUUUUUUUUAAAUAAAAUUCUGAUGCGAUGAAAGGAUGAAGGAUCGCUUUAUUCAUGUUUUAUUUUUCUGCGAAAUGAUCUCGCGCACUGAUUUGUGCGUUUGACUUAAUUCAGUGGAUUAAAAGUCACAAGAAUUUACUAAAAGGAGUUCGUUUGCUUUCACAGAGUCGAUUUCAGGGCUCGGUUUGUGAACUUGUGUAGAGUUUAUCCUUUGAGAGGUUUGUCUGUGGGAAGUUAUGUUCCCUGGCUCCACGCCGGUUGGAGCAUCUUUGCGGCUCCGGUCGGGAGGGUUUCGCCUGCGCUGGGACACAUUGGGACCACAGGGGAGAUGAGAGCCGCGCUGAUCCACUUUCUCUUCUGCUGCUUCUCUCUGCUUUCAGCAGCCGCUGAGGAAGCCUCAAUUCCACAAGAGCUGAUUGAGAGACUCUCUAACAGUGAGAUUCGCAGCAUCAGCGACCUCCAGAGGAUCCUGGAGAUUGACUUUUUAGAGAAUGAAGUGCUGGAGGACGUUAAACAAGGCCACCAUAAGGAGCAUCUGUAUGAUAGCAGACACCUCAAGAACUCUCACUCCAGACGCAAGAGAAGCAUUGAGGAGGCAGUGCCCGCCGUCUGUAAGACUCGCACAGUGAUCUACGAGAUCCCACGCAGUCAGGUCGAUCCCACAGCCGCCAACUUCCUGAUCUGGCCCCCGUGUGUGGAGGUGAAACGAUGCUCGGGCUGCUGCAACACCAGCAACAUGUGCUGCCACCCAUCCAAAAAGCACCACAGGACCGUGAAGGUGGCCAAGGUGGAGUACGUACGCAGAAGGCCGAAGCUCCGGGAGGUGCAGGUGCAGCUGGAGGAUCAUCUCGAGUGCGUCUGCACGUCCAAACAUCACUCAGAGUCCUGCAUACACACGGAUAUAAGGUGAGCGUGGCAUUGGAUAAAAGAAAGCAGAGGAAGGCCAUCGCAUCCAAUCAGAUAACUCAGACUGCACUACAGCCAUUGAGUGAUAUCAUCUGAAAAGACGAGGCGGAUGUGAACUGUUCAACCCUGAGCGAAUCAGGACAGCCUUUUUGGAUCGCGUUGGACUUUUGAUGCACCUUUAGAAGGCACCCAUAGAGAGACUUUGGUUUUGGAUUAAAACCCAGAGGAACUAAGCACAACAUACUAGAGACUGCAAUGACAGAGACUCGCAGAAAACGAACUUUGAGUCACAGACGUUGAAAUUCUGAUUCUAUGACCUUUUAAAGGAGCAUCUGUCAUGACUUUGUGUAUCAAAAUGUAUUUUCUCCAGCAAAUAUCUGUAUCAUCUUAUUUUUGUAACUGCCAGUUUUCUAUCAACACUGAUCUUCUCUUGUAUAUGCCGUAGAAUGAACGAAUACAACAAACAAUAUGAAUACAUUUUAUUGUGUUUGUUUGACAGACAGCUGUCCCAAAGAUCAGUAGGAUUAUGUGCAUUCUUUACACCGUGUUCUAACCAGGAGCACUGUGAUAAAUCUCAUCUCUUCUAUCUCUCUUCCUAUCUGAAUUUUCUCUCAACCAACUGCAAACACAGCAAGCGAUGAGAGACAAUACAUAUUUUAUAGUCUGCUUCAAAUAUAUGUUUCAGGUGAACUUAUUAAGGAGAUGAAUGCAAUCACAAUGUCACGUUUGCUUUUUGGGAGCAAACUGUUAAUUUAGAUGAUAACUAAGCUAAUUGAUAUUGAUCACACAUGGUUGUAAUUAAUUACAUAUAAAUGUUAAAUGUAGUUUCUAUGUAUCUGUGAAUAUUGAUGACAUAUAGUGAUAUAUUUAAUCACUUUAAGGCCCGUUCAAACCAAGAACGAUAACUAUAAAGAUAAAUAUAAAGAUAUUAGCAUCCACACAAGCGGAUGAUAUCGUCUGUUUAUUCUCAGCGCAUGCUCGUCUACCUCUUUAAAUUCUUGAGCUUGUGACAGCAGGAUUGAUUAUGAUUGGCUGUCAAUAUUUGUAUCGCUCAUCGCUCAUCAGCUGGAAAAAAAAUUAAUUCUGAAAGUGAUUCCAUAUUGUUUCUCUAUGCCUUUAUCGUUAUAGAUGUGGUGUGGACAAUUUUUACAGCUAUAUCUUUAUUGUUAUCUUAUUAGUUAUCCUUCUGGUGUGAACAGGCUUAUAGAGAUACAGUGGUGUGAAAAAGUGUUGGCCCCCUUCCUGAUUUCUUAUUUUUUUGCAUGUUUGUCACACUUUAAUGUUUCAGAUCAUCAAACAAAUUUAAAUAUUAGUCAAAGAUAACACAAGUAAUCACAACAUGCAGUUUUUAAAUGAAGGGUUUUUUAUUAUUAAGGGAAAACAUAAUCCAAAACUACAUUUGUUUAUAACCACUCACCCCCCCCCCCCAACACAGUUUUGUGCAGGGCCCCCUGAAGUCUAGGAUUGGCACUGGAUAAAACAUCAAAUUUUUCUCAAGUUCCAUGAGAAAAAACAUAGAAACAUGUAAUGAGUUGAAGCUUCACAGCAUAAUUAAAAUAUGAGGUAUGUAUAAAUUAAAUGUAAAGUUUAUUGCUCUUUAGCUACAUUGCGCUGCGAGAGAGCUCGCAAAAAGAGAGAACUGUUCUGAUUGGCUGUUGUAAUCUUGACUGUGCCACGUUACGCCCCAUUUUCGCGUUUGCUUUGUCGGACAGUUUGCUUGUUUUUUCAUCUCCUCACAUCACCCCUGUUUAUGACACAGUAACUAUGAACUUCUCUGGAAGAUUUUAAGGCAUCAAAUAAUACUCUUAUUUCUUAUUCGUGCAGCACUCUCUAUUAUGAUGUGAGAUAUAUGAGGCUGCAUUGUCAGGUUUUGGCAUAUCUAAAGCAAACAUUACUCACACAAACACACACAUUAUAUCCAAACCAUAGUGAUCUCUCUAGACCAAACUGUGCCCUAUGUCUGGCUGCUUCAGAGACUUUGAUGGGGUUCCCUAAAUUGGCCUGCCCAGCAUGGUUUCAAAAAGAGAGCUAAUUAUAGUUGCCAGCAUUCACUAGCAUUCACACACAAAAAAACUGUUGUAGACAGUGGUUAGCUAAGAGACAAGGUCAGAUGAAUAUCAUGAUGGUUUGAGGUCAUGUUACGUAAGACGUCUUUCCCUCAAAUGCUAUUAGAUGUUGGUUUUUUUGACUUAAACAUGCUUUCUUUACUUUAAACCACCAGUUUGGGUGUGUUUGAAGGCACAAUAGGGCCAAUGUUCAGAGUCAUUUGUGUGACUUUGUUGUGAUAGUGACAUAAGUAAGUGUUGUGUGAUGAGCAUGUGUGGGUGUGAUUUGUAGUAGGCUACUUAUACCAACAUGUCCCUAGUGUUUCAAAGCUGCCUAGCAGGUGCACUUCACUGUGAAGUCUGUUCCAAAAAGGCAGUGAGGCCAGAAGUGUACUUUAUUAUAAUGUUUAAUUUUUUUCAAUAACAAGAAAUACUGAAGAUUUAAAAAUUGAUUGUUUUGAAAAUUUGCAUGUGGUGUGCAAUUGCAUUGUUGCUUAUUAGUGUGUUAUGCUAAGGAGCACUAUUUGUGGUGUUGUGUAUUUUUAUGCUGAUUAUUGCAUCAUUAGCAACAGGCUAACAUUAGUCUCUAUUGGAAUUCAUUUUGAGUUGAGUCUUCCAUGCAUUUCUUGUAAGGAGCACAAGUUGUUCUGCAUACUGUAUGUAUAUUUUAAAAAGUGAGGCGGUUCACUAAAGUUUUGAAACUAUAGUUGUAGUCUGAGCUCAUUUAGCUUCCAAAAGAAAGAAAGUGAGAUAGAAAAGGAAAAGAGAGAUCUCUUUCAAGCAUUUUGCGUUUAAGUACAGAAGCUUAAUUCAGCGGUUAAAACUCUGUCACGGGUUUAUUGCAGUUAAUAGUGUAAAUUACGGAAUGGCUUUUUCCAGACUGUCUGAUGGGUUCAGGUUUCUGACCUCAGAAGCAAACAAAGGAAAGGAUACAGGGAAUUUGUUUCUCAGACUCACAUUUCAACCCAUUUUUCUUUCUUUCAUUCUCAUGUCCCCUCUCUCUUCUGAAAUCCUUCUUGUGAGUACAAUAAACAACCACUUCACU